GCUCCGCCGCUAUCUGUCACCACCCCUUCCUCAGUUUCUUCUAUAAACUCCUCCUCAAGGCAAAAACUCACCCUUGAAACAGAGUAGGAAACAGAGCUCUUUCUCUAUUCAUGGCGGGUUCUAAUCCAACCCCUUACUAUACUCCAACCUCCAAACCCACUCCAACUUCCCACUAUUCUUCUUUACCUUUGAAAAAACCCAAUCUUUAUUCAUUAAUUGCCAUCACUUUUCUCUGCUCUGCUUUUUACUUCACCGGUUUAUGGCAAAGCAGCACCACCGGCGCCGGUGCCGGCAGCAGCAGUGUCGUCAUCACCACCACUUCCCUCCCCUGUUUACCUUCUAAAAACACCUCCACAAAUCCUCCAUCUUCAAGAACCACCACCAAAAAACUAGACUUCACCACCCAUCACUCCGCUGCAGACGGCGGAGCAGCUGUUACAGCACCUGAUGACGCAAUCAAGAUUUACCCUGUUUGCGACAUCAAGUACAGUGAGUAUACCCCAUGUGAAGACCCUGAAAGAUCAUUGAAAUUCAACAGAAGAAGAUUAAUUUACAGAGAAAGGCAUUGCCCUGAAAAGAAUGAACUCUUGAAAUGCCGUAUACCUGCACCGUACGGUUACAAGAAUCCAUUUAAAUGGCCUGUUAGUAGAGAUGUUGCAUGGUAUGCUAAUGUUCCACAUAAAGAAUUGACAGUAGAAAAAGCCGUUCAAAAUUGGAUUAGAUAUGAAGGUGACAAAUUCAGAUUUCCUGGUGGUGGAACUAUGUUCCCUAAUGGUGCUGAUGCUUAUAUUGAUGACAUUGCGAAAUUGAUCAAUCUUAAAGAUGGCUCCAUUCGAACCGCCAUUGAUACUGGCUGUGGGGUUGCGAGUUGGGGAGCUUAUCUUUUGUCGCGAAAUAUCAUAGCCAUGUCAUUUGCACCUAGGGAUUCACAUGAAGCACAGGUUCAAUUUGCUCUCGAGCGCGGAGUACCUGCUCUAAUUGGAGUUAUUGCCUCCAAGAGGCUUCCAUAUCCAUCUAGAGCUUUUGACAUGGCACAUUGCUCUCGUUGUCUAAUUCCAUGGGGCGAGUAUGAUGGCAUGUAUUUGAUUGAAGUUGAUAGAGUCCUUAGACCUGGUGGAUUUUGGAUCCUCUCUGGCCCGCCGAUCAACUGGAAAAGACAUUGGAAAGGCUGGGAAAGAACCAGGGAAGACCUAUAUGCUGAACAAAAUAAAAUUGAGCAAGUAGCUAAGAGACUCUGCUGGAAAAAGUUUGUUGAGAAGGAUGAUAUCGCAAUAUGGCAGAAGCCGUUCAAUCAUAUGAAGUGCACAGAAUUUCGAAACAGAAACAAAAAUCCACCAAUGUGUCCUGCACAAGAUCCUGAUAAAGCCUGGUAUACAAAGAUUGAAACUUGUUUAACUCCCUUGCCUAAAGUUGCAAGUGAAGAAGAGGUGGCCGGUGGACAAUUGGAAAAGUGGCCUAAAAGAUUACACGCAAUACCACCAAGGAUAAGCAGGGUAACUGUAGAUGGUGUCACAGAAGAAGUUUUCCAGAAGGAUUCACAGCUAUGGAAAAGAAGAGUUUCUUAUUACAAGUCAGUGAAUAACCAGCUUGGCCAGCCUGGGCGAUAUAGAAACAUCUUAGAUAUGAAUGCAUUCCUAGGUGGCUUUGCUGCAAAUUUGGUCAAUGAUCCUGUUUGGGUGAUGAAUAUAGUUCCCGUUGAGGCUAAGGUCAAUACACUUGGUGCUAUUUAUGAACGAGGACUAAUCGGAACAUACCAGAGCUGAUGUGAAAUGGAAGAUAUUAUGCUAGAAUUGGAUAGGAUAUUAAGGCCAGAGGGAAGUGUAAUAAUCCGAGACGACGUAGAUAUAUUGAUCAGAGUGAAAAGAAUAGCAGAUGGACUGAACUGGGAUAGUCAAAUUGUUGAUCAUGAAGAUGGUCCAUUGGAGAGGGAGAAGCUUUUCUUUGCAGUAAAGACAUACUCGACAGCUCCAGCUACUCAACCAUCUAAAACUACUUAAACCAUCAUUGUUGUAAUCUUUUUUUCUGUUGUUCAUCCUCUCUUUCUUGUAUUCUUUCACUUGUUAAAUUGUAGUAGUAGUACUAUUACUUGCAAAUUGUAAACUCUAGGGUUUUAGUGAUUCUUCUGCAAUUCCAAUGAAGUCAUGAGUUCUGUGCUAA